CCUCUUUACCUUGAUGACCCUGGGUCAGUGCAUAAAAGGCAGUCUGCUACCAGCUCCACGCACGGUUGUAACAAAGCACUUGCAACUCAAUCAUCCGAACCAACGUCAACAUCUCACAUUUAUCAAGAUCACUUCAUCUGCCGCAAAAAUGCCCACCUACAUUGUCACUUGCAAGGAGGACGCCACUCCCGAACAGGUUGCCCAGGCUAAGAAGCACGCCGAGGAGCAGGGAGGCAAGAUUGGAAACAGCUACGACAUCAUCAAGGGCUUUUCUGUUGAAUUCCCCGCGGAUUCUGUUUCCACCCUCGAGAGCCACGAGCAUGUGAAGGCAGUGGAGAAGGACCAGGAGGUCAAGACCUGCUAGGGAACUAGGUAGUUGAAACCAGUCAAUUAGACAUGCGAAAUGAUGGCUUAUGGUUUUAUGUACGAAGUAAUUGAAUCAGCGUACUAUUCAAGUUGAAAUCCUGAAACCUACAACUACAGCGUACCUAUUGUCGCGAUGAUGGUUCUUGUGGCAACCUUCUCUUUUAUCCAAAAUGG